CCGUUGCCGCAGUGACAGUACGGGGGAGUGGGAAGAUGGCGGCGUCGCGUCGCUCUCAGCAUCAUCACCACCAUCAUCAGCAACAGCUCCAGCCCGCCCCAGGGGCUUCGGCUCCGCCACCGCCACCUCCCCCGCCGCUCAGCCCGGGCUUGGCCCCGGGACCUACCCCGGCCUCUCCCACGGCCGGCGGCCUGGCGCCCUUCGCCUCCCCGCGGCACGGCCUGGCGCUGCCGGAGGGGGAUGGCAGCCGGGACCCGCCCGACAGGCCGCGAUCUCCGGACCCAGUGGACGGCGCGGUCUGCACGGUGGCUGCUACGGCCGCGGCCCCGGCAGCUUCCGCCGCCGUCGGGGUCGCUCCCAGCCCAGCCGGCGGCGGCGGUAACAACUCCGCGUCGUCCACUUCUUCGCCUACUUCUUCUUCGUCUUCCUCUCCGUCCUCCCCUGGCUCGAGCAUAGCGGAGAGUCCCGAAGCAGCCGGAGUUGGCUCCACAGCAACUUUGGGACCCGGGGCGGCGGGCCUUGGCCCGGGGGUCCCAGCCGUGAGUGGGGCCCUGCGGGAGCUGCUGGAGGCUUGUCGAAAUGGGGACGUGUCCCGGGUGAAGAGGUUGGUGGACGCAGCGAACGUGAAUGCAAAGGACAUGGCCGGCCGAAAGUCUUCUCCCCUGCACUUCGCAGCAGGUUUUGGAAGGAAGGAUGUUGUAGAACACUUGCUGCAGAUGGGUGCCAAUGUCCAUGCCCGUGACGAUGGGGGUCUCAUCCCACUUCAUAACGCCUGCUCUUUCGGCCAUGCGGAGGUUGUGAGUCUGUUACUGUGUCAAGGAGCAGAUCCGAAUGCCAGAGAUAACUGGAACUAUACGCCUCUGCAUGAAGCUGCCAUUAAAGGGAAGAUCGAUGUUUGCAUUGUGCUGCUGCAGCACGGAGCUGAUCCAAACAUCCGGAACACCGAUGGGAAAUCGGCUCUGGACCUGGCAGAUCCUUCAGCAAAGGCUGUCCUCACAGGUGAAUACAAAAAGGACGAACUCCUAGAAGCUGCUAGGAGUGGUAAUGAAGAAAAACUAAUGGCUUUACUGACUCCUCUAAAUGUGAAUUGCCAUGCCAGUGAUGGGCGAAAGUCUACUCCGUUACACCUGGCCGCGGGCUACAACAGAGUGCGGAUAGUUCAGCUGCUGCUACAGCACGGAGCUGAUGUCCACGCAAAAGACAAAGGCGGGCUUGUACCUCUUCAUAAUGCAUGCUCAUACGGACACUAUGAGGUCACAGAACUGCUGUUAAAGCAUGGCGCUUGUGUUAACGCUAUGGAUCUGUGGCAGUUUACACCGCUGCAUGAAGCCGCUUCUAAGAACCGCGUCGAAGUCUGUUCUUUGUUACUUAGUCAUGGUGCUGAUCCAACCUUGGUCAAUUGCCAUGGCAAAAGUGCUGUGGAUAUGGCUCCCACUCCUGAGCUCCGGGAAAGACUGACAUAUGAAUUUAAAGGCCAUUCUUUACUACAAGCUGCCAGAGAAGCAGACCUGGCCAAAGUGAAGAAAACACUUGCUUUGGAAAUCAUCAACUUCAAGCAGCCACAGUCUCAUGAAACUGCCUUGCAUUGUGCUGUGGCCUCCUUGCAUCCCAAACGAAAGCAGGUGGCAGAACUGCUGCUUAGGAAGGGCGCCAAUGUCAAUGAAAAAAACAAGGACUUCAUGACUCCUUUGCACGUUGCAGCUGAAAGAGCUCAUAACGACGUCAUGGAGGUUCUGCAUAAGCAUGGAGCAAAGAUGAACGCGCUGGACAGUCUUGGUCAGACUGCUUUGCACAGAGCUGCCUUGGCUGGCCACCUGCAAACCUGCCGCCUCCUGCUGAGUUAUGGCUCUGAUCCUUCCAUCAUCUCCCUGCAAGGCUUCACAGCCGCGCAGAUGGGGAAUGAAGCGGUGCAGCAGAUUCUGAGCGAGAGUACUCCUAUCCGCACUUCUGAUGUGGACUAUCGACUCUUAGAGGCAUCGAAAGCUGGUGACUUGGAAACUGUGAAGCAACUGUGCAGCCCGCAGAAUGUGAACUGCAGAGAUCUGGAGGGCCGCCAUUCCACUCCCUUACACUUCGCUGCAGGCUACAACCGUGUUUCUGUCGUUGAGUACCUUCUACAUCAUGGAGCUGAUGUCCAUGCCAAAGACAAAGGGGGCUUGGUUCCCCUUCACAAUGCCUGCUCCUAUGGACACUACGAGGUAGCUGAGCUCUUGGUGAGGCAUGGGGCUUCUGUCAACGUGGCGGACUUGUGGAAAUUUACCCCUCUCCAUGAAGCCGCAGCCAAGGGAAAAUAUGAGAUCUGCAAACUCCUUCUAAAACAUGGAGCAGAUCCAACUAAGAAGAACAGAGAUGGAAACACACCCCUAGAUCUGGUCAAAGAAGGAGACACAGAUAUUCAGGACCUACUGAGGGGGGAUGCUGCCCUGUUGGAUGCUGCCAAGAAGGGCUGCCUGGCCAGAGUGCAGAAGCUUUGUACUCCAGAGAACAUCAACUGCCGAGACACCCAGGGCAGAAACUCAACUCCUCUCCACCUGGCAGCGGGCUAUAAUAACCUGGAAGUAGCCGAGUACCUGCUAGAGCACGGCGCUGAUGUGAAUGCCCAGGACAAAGGAGGUUUAAUUCCACUCCACAACGCAGCGUCUUAUGGGCAUGUUGAUAUAGCAGCGUUACUGAUAAAAUACAACACGUGUGUAAACGCGACGGAUAAGUGGGCCUUCACUCCCCUCCACGAAGCAGCCCAGAAGGGAAGGACACAGUUAUGUGCCCUACUCCUAGCACAUGGCGCAGACCCAACCAUGAAGAACCAGGAGGGUCAGACACCUUUAGAUCUGGCAACGGCUGAUGACAUCCGAGCUUUGCUGAUAGACGCCAUGCCCCCUGAGGCCUUACCUACCUGUUUUAAACCUCAGGCAACUGUAGUUAGUGCCUCUCUGAUCUCACCAGCGUCCACCCCGUCCUGCCUCUCUGCUGCCAGCAGCAUAGAUAACCUCACUGGCCCGUUAGCAGAGCUGGCUGUAGGAGGAGCCUCCAAUGCAGGGGAUGGUGCUGCGGGUGCAGAAAGGAAGGAAGGAGAAGUUGCGGGUCUUGACAUGAAUAUCAGCCAAUUCCUUAAAAGCCUUGGCCUUGAGCACCUUCGGGACAUCUUUGAAACAGAGCAGAUCACGUUAGAUGUGCUGGCCGAUAUGGGUCAUGAAGAACUGAAAGAAAUCGGCAUCAAUGCCUAUGGACACCGCCACAAGUUAAUCAAGGGCGUUGAAAGACUCUUAGGUGGACAACAAGGAACCAAUCCGUAUCUGACCUUUCACUGUGUGAAUCAGGGAACUAUUUUGCUAGACCUUGCUCCAGAAGAUAAAGAAUACCAAUCAGUAGAAGAGGAGAUGCAGAGUACUAUUCGGGAGCACAGAGAUGGCGGGAAUGCUGGUGGCAUCUUCAACAGAUACAAUGUCAUUCGAAUUCAGAAAGUUGUAAACAAGAAGCUGAGGGAGCGGUUUUGUCACAGACAAAAGGAGGUGUCUGAGGAGAACCACAACCAUCACAAUGAGCGCAUGCUGUUCCACGGUUCCCCUUUCAUUAAUGCCAUUAUUCAUAAAGGGUUUGAUGAGCGGCACGCAUACAUUGGAGGGAUGUUUGGAGCUGGGAUUUACUUUGCCGAAAACUCUUCCAAAAGCAAUCAGUAUGUUUAUGGAAUUGGAGGAGGAACAGGCUGCCCCACACACAAAGAUAGGUCAUGUUACAUAUGUCACAGACAAAUGCUUUUCUGUAGAGUGACCCUUGGAAAGUCUUUUCUGCAAUUCAGCACCAUGAAAAUGGCCCAUGCGCCUCCAGGACAUCACUCAGUCAUCGGUAGACCAAGUGUCAAUGGACUGGCGUAUGCUGAAUAUGUCAUCUACAGAGGGGAACAGGCAUAUCCAGAAUAUCUCAUCACCUACCAGAUCAUGAAGCCGGAAGCCCCUUCCCAGACUGCAACGGCAGCAGAGCAGAAGACCUAGUGAUUGCCCCUGGUAAAGGCCGGAGUGAUUCAAACCUGCAACUGGAUUACAGUGGAUUGCUUCCAACAAAAAAAAUCAAUAUUCUCUAAAUCCCAACAGCCAAGAAAUAAGCUGUUUGUCUUUUAUAAAGCAUUGCUAGAGUGACCCUGCGGAGUGAGUCCCCAAGCACAUUCACCUGCCCUGGUCCCCUUGAGGAAAUGGCUACCAGGCGGCCUUGACCAUGUCUCAGGCCGUUUUCAUUGCAGUUACCCAUUUCUGAAGCAAGAUGCUUUGCUCAAGAUGUAGAGAUGGGGAAAGAGAAUAUGCUGGCUUACACGUUCUUGGUUCAUACACUACAUUGUCUUCGUUGUGUUGGCACAUGGAUAACAGACACAUGUGAUGGGCUUAUUUUUUAAUUUUGCCAAACAUAUUUGUUGAUGCUUCUUGUUCUUGUUGUCGCCGUCGUCGUCGUUAUUGUUACUUUGAAAAUGGCCAGAGUCUUCCUGGGAUAUUCUGCACAGAGUCACUCUGACUAAAAUCAUUAGCGGUGCAGCCGAAGCGUCUGGCUAGACACUGGUCCUGUGUCCCUGUUGUCAGAGUUUGUAUCUCUGCUUCUUGUGAACAUAAAGGAAAAGAGCAAUAUUUAGUUUCCUUUUAUAAACUCCCCACCUUAAAAGGAAGGGCACAAACAUCUCUUUGACCUAAAAAGUCAGAGCCUGGUGGACCUGUGGUCUCAGGGUUCUCAGGACCAUGCUACAGAUGGGAGCGCCUGGGAGAGUGUUAAUGGAGGGGUUAGACCCUUGCUUCCCUGGUGGAAUGGCUAGAGAGCUGGGAGGGAGGAGCCCAGGGCCCUGACUGCACCCAGCAGACCCAGGGAUCUCAACAAAUGCUUCACUCCCUGGACCACCAGGGUCAUCUAAAGUCAGGGAACUGUUCAACCUCGCCAAGGUCCCAGCAUAUUUCUUUCUCUCUCCCUCCCUCCCCCCCCCUCUCUCCAGGAUAUUCAAACCCUACAUAAUAAAUAUGCACAAAUGCAAGGACAUUUUGUUUACUCCUAAUCUGGCCUCUGAGUAGUAUGUGUCGAUAGUUUAGAAAGAUCUCUUCUCUCAGUUUUUAAACCAUUUCUUCAAAGUUCUUAAUGUAGUUAGACAAAGAAAACAAAAGUUGAAACCAAAGGCAGUUUGACCUAUUUUUUAGGUGCCACUGAUAGAAACAUUUCUUUGGGAAAGUGCUUGCUUGUAAUGGCAUUCGCCAAGUGCGCUCAACAGCAGGCAGAACCAGGCCUGCCGCCUCAGGCCCUGUGGACCCUAACUGAGUACUGAGCUGAACGCAUUACUUCACAGGUCCUCCUCAGCUCUGAGGCAGACGUCACAUAAGCAGGGAAACAGUGUGACACACUUAACCAUUUCAAUCGGAAGGCUGAAAACAAUGUUUUUAACUUUGUUUUAAUGCAAGCAUAUUAAACUGUGACCACCUUCGUUUCCCUGGUUCUUGAAAUACACAUUUCUCUCGUUUUAUUUAUUAAAUUUUUGUUAGCUUGAGCCUAUGCUAGGACUAGGCAUCCGGUCUAGUGUGAGUAUUUUAGUUAUAUCUCAAAUGGCUUCCUCAAAAUGAAGUCAAAAGUUAGCCUCAGUUUUUACUUCCAUUGAAGUUUCAGUGACCUGAGCUUUGUGCGUGUGGUCUUGGCUGGGUGUUUAACAGCAACUAGAGCCCCAUGGAAAGCUCCAGACUCUGACGUUCCCUCAGGAGCUCCUGUCCCUCCUUCUUCUCCUUUCUGUUAACAAAGGGUUGAAGAGAUCGGCCUCUGUGUCGUUCACUAGCUGUAAUGUAUAUGUUAUUUGGCCUGACCUGAAUUAAUUUAAAAUGCUAAACACAGCUGUGAUUUUAAUUUAGUAAUGAGUUACUAUGGUGUAGGUGUGGAAGGAAGGCUUUAGCGCCUCUGACGGACGGAUCGCCUCCAUGAACCAACCAGAUUAACUAGGCCUAUCGUGCUUCCCUAACCACCAGGACUGUGUCAUGUUCUGAGCUGAGUAAAGACUUUGUAAGGAA